CAGACGUUUGCUCAGUCGCCGUCCCACAUAAAUUCGCAUACAAAAUAAAAUAAAUAGGUUGCGAUAAAAUUGGUACCCUGGGCGAGCGCUGACCCAGUCAGGUUUUAUUGUCGAUCUCGAAGAUUUAUUUCGUUUGCUAAUCACAGGUUGCAACUCAGCUCGUAAUCUCCGAGCUCUCACCAACUCCACUCAUUCCAGAAAAAGACAAGAAAAAUGGGUAAUGAGACAUCACUGCCAAUGGAGCUUUGCUCCAAUUUUGACGCUGAUGAGAUCCGCCGUCUUGGUAAAAGAUUCAGAAAAUUAGAUCUGGACAACUCAGGAUCUCUGAGCAUUGAUGAGUUCAUGACACUGCCAGAACUUCAGCAGAAUCCUUUAGUGCAACGUGUGAUCGAUAUAUUUGACGCUGACGGCAAUGGAGAGGUGGAUUUUAAAGAAUUCAUCCAAGGAGUGUCCCAGUUCAGUGUCAAGGGCGACAAGGAAUCUAAGCUUAGAUUUGCUUUCCGCAUCUACGACAUGGAUAAUGAUGGCUACAUUUCCAAUGGAGAACUCUUCCAGGUCCUUAAAAUGAUGGUGGGCAAUAACCUCAAGGACACUCAGUUGCAACAAAUUGUUGAUAAAACAAUUCUCUUUGCUGACAAAGACGAUGACGGGAAAAUCAACUUUGAAGAGUUCUGCACUGUUGUUGGAAACACAGACAUUCACAAGAAGAUGGUUGUUGAUGUAUAAAAAAAUCCUUCAAAUACCAGUAUGGUGAGACUAUAUCAAGAAUUUCAGUCAGGCCUUUGAUCAUUUUUUUUUAUGUUGUGCUUCUUUACUCUUCGACAAAAAAAAAAUAUUGUUUAUUUCCACACAGUUUCCAAUGGAAUUUCUUGUUAAGUUUUGUUAGAUAAUGUGAUACUUACUGAACACUGCUCUUUGAGUAUUUUUGAGUGGCCAACUGGGAAAAGAAAUCAUGAUGUGUUGGUGAAUCUAAGUCACUGGUUUUUCUAUGGAUGUUUUUCUACUAACGAUUGUAAAAUCACCUGAAAAAGGCAGUCACUGCUUAAAACCCUUGCUUCUGUGUAGAUAGUGUUCAGAUGAUUAUGUUGUUGUCAAGAUCUUUAAUAAUAUUUAAAAAAUGUUUACUAUUAUUGCCACCGAGACUUUCUUAAAAAGCACAUCUCUAUUUGCAAACAAAAUUUUCUACAUAACAUAUUGCCUCAUCUCUGAUUGUGCUUAUUGAUAUUCAUGGUCUGUAAUUCUAACAAUUGUUUGUUAACCCUCUGAUCUUAGGGCAUUUAAAUAUUUUUUAUAACAGUAAUUCAAGCAAGACAUACCGAUCUAAUUAAAUUAUUGGGGGAUAAACACAUUCUAAGUUAGCUUAUUGGAUAUAUGCUAACUUUGCAUGUGAAUAUCUCCAUUGUCUUUUUUUCAGUUGAUUGAAACAACUAUAUAUUGUCCACUAACUUUGCCAAUUUAGAUAGUAUAUCAAAUGUUUUCAAAGUUGCAAAAUUAUUUUAAAAUGUAAUUUAAUAAUCUGGAUGAAUUCUGUUUUUGAUGAAUAUUUGAAUGCCCAUGGCUUUUGAUUAAGUCCAAGAUUUUUUAUGGAUGUUUUCCUUUAAAUUUGGUGUUACCAGAGAGGAUCUCUGUUGUUACUAUAUUUAACCAAAAAAUAAAGGAUACCAAUCUUACAGCCAAAC